AUGCAGCGCCGAAGAGGCGCCGACCUCAGGGAGAUGGUUAAAACGGCGGCCUUCAUCGCGGCAGUUCUGUUAGCAUGCGGCGCCAAAGCUAUAGACACCCCUUGUGAUGGAAGCCACAAAUGCAAAAAUGGCGCAACAUGUAUCAAAGUGGAGCAAGGCCAUACUGAACAAAAUGUCUGUAUCUGCAAACCGCAAUACACCGGAUGGGACUGCUCCGUCGAAAUUGACUACUGCAAAACGCACUGCAGGUCGUACAGAAAGAGCGUAAACUGCCAACAGGCACUUUGCAACCAAGGCAACUGCAUAAGUCGAACGGAGUACCCCUUUUAUUCGUGCGAUUGCGGGGCAUUCUACACUGGCGCUAACUGCGAAGUGGAAUACAACCCAUGCAGCCAGCCUUCCACCAACCCGUGCGACCACGGGGUCUGCACUUUCGUCAGGGGGACCAACCAAGUGAUGUGUCAGUGCAGCCCAGGAUGGGCUCCCAACCCAAACCAACAAGUAAUGAAGCUGAGCUGGAACGGUGCGGAUAUUUUUGUUGCGCCACCGUGCAGUGAGCCAAUAAGACGUGGGAUUGCGGGGGCCGCACCGACUCUGACACCCAGUAAGCAUGUUCUACGUGCAAAGGCAUUAACAUUCAGAGGCAAAGGCGAUGUGGCAUUUUGUAUUCCUGCUUUCCCUUGGAUUGCUGCUGUGGAGACUGGUGUCAGGCGUUUACGUUUCAAUCGCAUCCAGGACGGCAAACAGCACGCAAUAGUCGUCUAUUCUGGAGUGUAG